AUGUCUCACCUCCUCAUCGCCCACCGCCUCCCCCACCUUGCACUCCCCCUCCUCCGCCUCCUCGUUUCCCGCCUUGGCCGCGACUCCCCGCCGCGGCUCCUCCCACUGCUCCUCUCCGCAGCCUCCACCGAUGACCCGGCACCACUCGUGUCCGCGGUCGCCAAAGCAUACGCCGAUGAUGGCCUCCUACCCGAUGGAUGCUCGCUCCUUCUCCUCGCGCUCCGCCGCGGCGUCCGCGUCACCCUGCCCGCGUGGUCCGAUCUCAUGAAUCGGCUUCCCUCUGUUCCUGAAGCCUACACCUUCUACCUGCAGCUGCUCGACGCAGGCGUGCCCCCGGAGGCCAAGCAGUUUAACAUGCUAAUGCGUGACAUGAUUAGAUCAGGCAAACUUGCCAGUGCGCGGAACGUGUUCGAUGAAAUGUUGAGGAGGGGUGUGCAUCCAACGGUAGUGACCUUCAACACAUUGAUGUCUGGGAUGGGUUGUGUAAGGCUCUGGAUACAAGAUGCAGUAGAGAUGUUUGAGGAAAUGCGUGAGAGAGGUGUGAACCCCAACACUGUUGUGCUCACGACAUUGAUAGACGCACAUUGCAAGGAGGGGAAUGUGGCAGCUGGGUUGGAGUUGCACCGGGAGAUGGCCACAAGGGGCAUCAAGACGGAUUUGGUGGCAUACAAUGCUUUGGUGAAUGGCCUUUGUCGGGUGCGAGAUUUGAAAGCAGCCAAUGACAUUGUGCAGGAGAUGAGAAACAAUGGUCUCAAGCCAGACAAGGUUACUUACACCACACUUAUCGAUGGCUGCUGCAAGGAGGGAGAGUUGGACGUGGCAAUGGAGAUGAAACAAGAGAUGUCAGACGUAGGGGUUGCAUUGGAUGAGGUCACAUACACUGCGCUCAUCUCGGGACUAAGCAAGGCAGGGCGUUCAGUCAAUGCAGAAAGGAUCCUAUGUGAGAUGGUGGAGGUUGGUUUGGAACCUGACAACACGACAUACACAAUGGUGAUUGAUGCCUUCUGUAAGAAUAGUGAUGUGAAGACAGGCUUUAAGCUACUGAAAGAGAUGCAGAAUAAGGGCCGAAAACCGGGAGUUGUGACAUAUAAUGUGGUUAUGAAUGGCUUCUGCAUUUUGGGGCAGAUGAAGAAUGCAGACAUGCUUCUGAAUGCGAUGCUUAAUAUUGGGGUGUGCCCAGAUGAUAUAACAUACAACAUUCUUUUGGAUGGACAUUGCAAGCAUGGAAAAGUUAGAGAUGCUGAAGAACUGAAAAGUGCAAAAGGAAUGGUUUCAGAUUUUGGGGUUUAUACUUCAUUAAUCAAUGAAUUUGUCAACAAGAAAUCAACUAAGUGUUACCAUGAGAAUGGAUAG